UGAUCCCAGCAGACACUCCACAGCCAUGACUCCCCCGGCCGACCUCCAACCUUUGCCCGGGCUGCUCGUCGUGAUGCUGCUGAUGUCACUUCCUGCUGCAGCUCUGGAACCAGAGACGUGUUUCUCCCGGCAGCAUCAGGGCGCCGCCAUCAACGUCAGGGCAGCGCUGAGCCGGGACGCGGUGGCCAUGAUGGCCCGGAUGGUCCGGUCGGAGCGGGACUGCGUCCUGGCCUGCUGCUCCGAAGAGGUCCAAACAGGCGCUCGGUGCAACAUGGCCGUGUUCAAAGCCAACAAACACGCUGGCGAAGACAACUGCCUGCUGUUCCACUGUCCCACCGAGUCGGACUGUCCUCUGAUGAAAGCCGCCGAGGGCAGCAACACCUACGACAUCUACAAAGGUUUAAGUCAUCCACCCACACUGAGACCUGUUCCCAUGACAACCACACUCCAUACUACCAGCACCUCCACCUCUACCACAUCAGCACCAACUACACCAACCACCAGCCAGCCCACCAGCACAACCAGCACACCAACCACCGCCCAGGCACUGCACUCCACCCCAGAACCUUCCCCACCCAUCAUCAUCAUUGCCACAGAGCCUGCAGGUACUCCACCCACCAACACCACUACAAGCACCACCACCAUGGGAUUCUCUCCCACCUUCACCACCAGAAAACCCAACAAAACCAGCAAGAAGCAAAACAAAACCAUCAAGAAAGGAAAAUCUCAUCCAGCCCUCACCACCACUACCACCACUACCCAAACAGCUCCCAGCUCCAUGACAUCACUUCCUGCUGAAACAGGAAGGAAGGAGGUGGAAGAUAAACAUACUAGUGUUCUAGAAACUACAACUUCAGCUACACCCACCACUGUGGCUCCAACCACCAGUACAACCAGUACAACCACUACAGCCACAACGACUACAGCCACUUUCCCCAUCACCACCACCACCCUGCCUCCAACCACCACCACCACCACCCAGCGUACCUCCACCACUGAGCCAACCACCACAGUGACAGCUCAACCGCCAAGUCUGAUCUUCAUUCCCAAAGACCCAGUCCAGUCAGAGCCCGACCUCCAACCGGGCCACCCCACCCUGAACUCCAGCUCCAGCCGGGGAAAAGCGGUGGCGGCCCAGGGGGCGCUGAAGGGCGGCGUGGUGGCCUUCAUGGUGCUGGCGCUGGCCGUGCUGACGCUGGCGCUGGCGGUGGGCGGCCGGAAGGCCAUGGAGUCCUUUGACCGGCGCCAUUACACCAGACUGGAGCUCAACGACCUGCACUAUGAGAUUUAACGGGAGAAUCCAACAUUUCUGCUUUAUUUAAUUUAAGGUUGUUUAAGUAUUAGCUACACAACUCUGAAAGUCUGCUCACGCUUUGUUUACGAAGUCAGAGAAUCCUGCUCUCUGAUUGGUCAGAUUCGGCUGUUGAAGCUCCCGACUCUCCAUUGGCCACAGAGAUAGUCCCCGCCCCUUGGCAUGGACGGAGAAACUGUGUUCAGUCAUUUUUAAGGAUUACACAGAUUAAAUUUACAGACGAGUUAAAUCAGAUCUGGUUUAAUUAGGUUUUUAAACUGGAACAAUGAUCUGAUCUCUGAUCAGUUCAUUGAUCUGAUCUGUGCAGUUCUAAUAACCACCACUAGAUGUCAUCCUUUUUUCUGUUAAUUCAGUUUCUGUCACUGAGGCAGUGACAUGCGGUGAGGUUCAUAGCUGGUGAGGCACUGACUUAAUCAUAAUCAGAUUUACAAAUAUAGACCCCCUGCAUGUUA